AGAAGUUAAUUGCGGGGGAAAGUUCAAUAUCUAUUGCUGCCUGCUUCCUCGCACCUCAUAUAACUGCAGUCAGUGGGCAAGAGAUACAUCACUGGUAGUUUAGUUUCUGCAUAUCCUCACAACCUGGCUGCAAGUCCUUACAUUACUGACUUCAACUGACUAUGGACAUGGAAGAGGCUCUCAACAGCACCAUCCAUCCGAGCUGUUUAGAAGAACCUCCGCUGGCUAUCGAUGUCAUAAAGCAGCUGGAUGUCUUUGGUGUGGCUCUGUACUCCAUGCUGACCCUCAUGUCUACGCUGUCCCUGCUGCUCUACCUGGAGGAGUGUGUGUUUAUCUAUAGAAAAGUCCCGUCUCCUAAGAAGACAACUAUUAUGUGGGUCAAUGGUGCUGCACCGGUCAUUGCCACCAUGGCUUGUUUUGGGAUGUGGAUACCAAGGGCUACCAUGUUUACAGAUAUGACGUCCAAUUCGUACUUUGCAGUGGUGGUGUAUAAGAUCUUGGUUCUGAUGAUAGAGGAGAGUGGGGGUAGUGAGGCCUUUCUGAAGAGCAAUGCCCAGAAAACCUUCAAGAUCAGUGUAGGACCCUGCUGCUGCUGCUGUCCCUGCUUGCCACGCGUUCCAGUCACACGGUGCAUGUUAUUCUUGCUGAAGCUGGGGGCUCUUCAGUAUGCUAUCUUAAAGACAGUCCUCUCAAUUGUGUCCAUAAUAUUGUGGACCAACGGCAACUUUGAUCUUUCUGAUCUGGAGAUCACAGGCACGGCUAUUUGGAUCAACCCAUUUAUAGGUGUUCUCACCAUCAUCUCCCUCUGGCCUGUCGCCAUCAUGUUCAUGAACAUAUGCAACACACUGCGCAGCAUCAAGAUCAUACCUAAAUAUGCCAUGUACCAGUUGGUGCUGGUGCUCAGUCAGCUGCAGACGGCCAUCAUUAACAUCCUGGCCUUGGAUGGAACCAUCGCCUGCUCCCCGCCAUUCUCCUCUAGUGCCCGUGGUACCAUGUUGAGUCAGCAGCUAAUGAUCUUGGAAAUGUUCAUCAUUACCCUGGUGACCCGGCCGUUGUACCGCCGUACCUAUGACUCUCUUCCCACCGACCCCCACGAGACCGACAACGACCAGAACAGCAAGAUCAGCCUGCAGGCCCCAGAGGGGGAGCACACUGUCUGAGAGAUUGGGGUGGAGUGAGAGGGAGAGUGGUGUGUGUGUUUGCGUGACUGUGCGUGUGUGCGUUAAAGAAACAGAGAGGGACUCUCUACCAAACAUUUACACUAUUGUUUUACUUGUAUAUUAAUUUUGUUUUGAUGGUGUGAUACUGUAUAUUCUGCUGUUCUAGUUGUUGGUUAGUCUUGUAUGAGAUUAAACUUACUGUAUAUUAAAAGUUUACCUGCAUUAUGCUGAAUAUAAUAUUAGAACAUAUACCUCCAACAACAUGUCUGUCCCAUCCAUAUUUCCUGAAGUUGCCUCAGCUCUCAACACAGCUAUGUGGAGUUUGGUGUGUGAGGGUGUUGGAAAGAGAUGGAGUUUAUAAACAAAAGUGGGUUAAUGGGGGUGUGAAAUAUGUAUUUUGUAUUCAUAUCAAUAAAUAUAGUGAAUUACAACUAGUCUCA